UUUCGUUUUUUUCUGAUAAAGUUCAUUUUACAGAGCGAAAAAAAUAACACACACAGAGAAAAUGGGGGAAACUCUUAAACUCCCUUUAAUCGACUUAUCUUCGUCGGAUGGAAUUUCAACAUCCAAGUCGAUUCGUCAGGCUUGUGUUGAAUCUGGUUUCUUUUACUUGAUAAAUCAUGGAGUUGAAGAUGAAUUGAUAAAGCGAGUUUUCGAUGAAAGUAAGAAGUUUUUCUCACUACCAGUUGAAGAGAAGAUGAAAUUGGAACGUAAAGGGCUAACUGGUUACACGCCUAUGUAUUCUGAAACCCUAGAUCCUACACUGAAAACAGGUGAUUUAAAGGAGAGCAUUUACAUUGGUCCUCUAAAUGGUGUAGACCAUGUUCAGAAUCAAUGGCCAUCAGAAGAAGUGUUGCCUUCGUGGAGAUCCACAAUGGAGUCGUACUAUGAAAAACUAAUAUGCACUGUGAAAAGGUUAAUAACCUUGAUUGCGUUGGCUCUGAACUUGGAUGAAAAUUUCUUUGAGGAUAUCGGGGCACUUCAUAAUCCAAUGGGUUUUGUCCGUCUGUUACACUAUCCAGGUGAACAAAUAGCUUUGAACAAAGAAAUAUAUGGCGCUUCUGCUCAUUCAGAUUAUGGAAUGGUUACUCUCUUGGUAACUGAUGGGGUCCGUGGGCUUCAGAUCUGCAAAGAAAAAGAUAAGCAACCACGGAUCUGGGAGGAUGUGCCCCACAUCGAUAAAGCAUUCAUAGUUAACAUUGGUGAUAUGAUGGAGAGGUGGACUAAUUGUUUGUUCCGGUCAACACUUCACAGGGUUACCUUGACCACAGAAGAGCGCUAUUCUGUAGCUUUCUUUUUUGAACCUAAUGAUGAUUGCAUGGUCGAGUGCUUGAAAAGUUGCUGCAGCGAUAAGUCUCCCCCAAGGUUUCCUCCAAUUCGUAGUGGAGACUAUCUUCGCACACGUUUCAAUCUUUCAUAUGCUUCUGAACUAUGAGUGUGAAACAGUAACCCUCUUCAAGAUAAUCUUGCUUUCAUCAUCUAGACGCUGCUCCUCACCAGUAGUUCUCUACAUGAUGUAAGCUAACCUGUAUACGGUUUUAUAUUAUAGCGGGGUACCACAGAUAUAUGUUAUAGAAUCUUACAGUGAAAUGCUUUAAUGAAAUGGAUAUUGAACAGCCUAUUUGACCACAGGUUCUUGUACAUAAGGCUAUAUCUAUCCUGUAAAUGUCUUGCCCGUUCUUUGAAUUUGGCAUUACCUUUUGUGAUUUUGCUGUUUUGAGGUUCAUGGCUGACAGGUUCUUAGGUUAUCUUGUAAAAUGUGCCACAGUUAUGAGGUUGAAUUAUUGUGUUGUUUGACUUGUUCUGAACAGCCACGUGGUUAUUAUCCUUCUAA